AUGCGACAAUCAUUGUCGACAUCUCAUCCAUAUACCCUCCACACCUCCCGGGGCAGCCUCCGGGGCAUCGAACAGAGGGACCCUUCUGGGAAACUUGUUCUUUACCGUUUCACCAAAGUCCCCUAUGCUCUACCUCCGGUAGGGUCGCGACGAUGGCGUCGUCCACAGCCUCUGCCAUCCGAUUCCAGCUUCAACACUCUAACCGGUGAGCCAGGCGACUACACAGAAUUUGGCCCAAUAUGUCCCCAACCACACUACGAGCAUGGACUAGCAAUGGUGAAGAACCCCAACGCCGCUCCGUCCAUCGACAACGUUCAAAACGAAGACUGCCUCUACUUGAAUAUCUGGGUGCCCGCCGGCCUAGCUCCCCAAGGAGGUUGGCCCGUCCAAUUCCACAUCCAUGGAGGUUGGCUUCAAAUCGGGAAUGCCAUGCAGCAAAACGAUCACAAUCCAUUCGACCUCCUCGCCGACACGACGCCGCGAAUCAUUGUCUCCCCCACCUAUCGACUGAAUCUAUUCGGGUUCUUAGCAGGUGAAGACCUCGCCUCGCUCGGCGAAGACCCAGCACCUUCCAACUAUGGUUUCUGGGACCAGCGCUGCGCCCUCGAAUGGACGGCAAAAAACAUCUCCCUCUUUGGCGGCAACGCAUCGAACAUUACCGUCGGCGGUCUCUCAGCCGGCGCAAACUCGACCUUCUUCCAACUCUACUACGAUAGCCUCUUACCUCCUGGCAAACGACUCAUCAGACGAAUUUAUCUCUGGUCCAAUGCUGUCGCCAUCCAACCCAACGUCACGACUUCGGCAGUCCUGACCUCACAAUUCAAUGAACUUUGCUCCAUCCUGAACAUUCCCUCUUCCGCCACGGCGAAGGGGAAGCUCGCCUCCCUCCGCGCCGUGCCCGCCCAAGACCUCAUUUCAGCCCUAUCGAAGAUGAAAAUGCACACUUUCCGCGCCAGUACAGACAGUGCCUUCAUCCCCCCGACAUUUCUCUCAUCCCUGCACACGGGCUCCUUCACCACGCGGCUGGCGCAAAACGGUACCUCCGUGCUCCUCGGCGAAGUCAGUGACGAAAAGGAACUGUACAAGCUCGUCAACCCGCCUUCAAACCACGCUGCCCUCCUUACCCAGCUUGUGAACUACUAUCCCAAACCCGUCGUCGAUGCUCUCCUGCCUCUGUACAAAAUCCCUGCGCCAAACUCGACCGACGCCGCCGCCUGGGCCGAGGUUUUCAGCCAGAUCGUCGCGGAUGCCCAGGUCCACGCCUCGUUACGCGGACUCGCACACAUUCUGCUGAAUCCGCCUGCCGAAAAGGGCGUGACGUCGCUACCGCCGAGCAGACUGCAUCGCUACCGCAUCUCGUGGCGUGCAAAGGCCUUGGAUAAAUGGUACAAGCCCGAAGUCGGCGUGUGUCAUAGCGGCGACACACCCAUUUGGUGGGCGACAGGCUGGGGCAUGGACUACACGGACACCGAUAAAGCGGUGGCCACGAAGUUUCUUGAACCUUUUGGACGGUAUUUGCACGGUGAGUCCGCAUGGACGAAUAGCGAAGAGAGCCGAAUGCGCUGGCUGGAUCAGGACGGCAUUGUGAGAGACGAUGUGAAAGACGCGUUGUGGGAGAGAGGCAUGCAGAUAUGGAAUGCCGUGUGGGAGGCGCAGAAGGGGAGUGUGGUCAAGGAUACUUCGCUGGGGAGUAGGUUGUAG